AUGAUUCGGUUGAAAUUACUUCUUCCUGACAGUGAUCUGCACCACAUGAAAAUGAUCAACCAAACUCAGAUUUCAGAAUUCCUCCUCCUGGGAUUCUCAGAGGACCCAGCACUGCAACCUCUCAUCUUUGGGCUGUUUCUCUCCAUAUACCUGGUCACUAUAAGUGGGAACCUGCUCAUUGUCCUAGCCAUACUUUCAGACCAACACCUCCACACACCCAUGUACUUUUUCCUCACCAACCUGUCCAUGGUGGACAUCUGCUUCACUUCCACCACCAUCCCCAAGAUGCUGGUGAACAUUCAGACACAGAACAGAGCCAUCAGCUAUGCAGCCUGCAUCACACAAAUGUUCUUCUUUAUAUUGUUUGUUGGGUUGGAUGACUUUCUCCUGACUGUAAUGGCCUAUGACCGGCUUGCGGCCAUCUGUCACCCCCUACACUACAUAGCCAUCAUGACCCCCCAGCUCUGUGUGCAGCUGGUGCUGAUGUGCUGGGUCACUGCCAUCUCCCUAUUUUAUGGCACAGGACUGGGUGUGUACCUCAGUGUCAGUGCUGCCCCAAGUUCAGCCUCAACUGCAGCAGCCUCGGUGAUGUACACAGUGGUCACCCCCAUGCUGAACCCCUUCAUCUACAGCCUGAGGAACACAGACAUGAAGAGGGCUCUGAAAAGACUGUUGUUCCAUAAAUGA